UAUACCCAAUGCUGGCUCAAGAGUUUCUUCGCAAGUACAUUCCUUUGAAAGCUCCCAAAAGGAUGGAGAUGCCAACUCAUCUUGCCUUCGAGGUAGCAGGUCGUACUGAGGGCACCAAAGGUGCCGCCAGUUUCGCUUUUGUCUUUCCCAUGGCCUCUGGUCACAUCAAUCCUUCUCUGGCCAUCGCCCGAAGUCUCGUGGGUUUGGGGCAUGAAGUGCACUACUUGUGCCGGGAACAGAUGAGGGAAGCCAUUGAAGACACGGGCGCCAGCUUUCAUAGCGACAUCGAGGCGGAGCCUGAGCUCUAUGAAGGUCGGGAUCCAGCCAUGUACGGGGCUCUUGGAUCUCUUCAGGAAGAGCACGGCUUGAAAGGCAGCUUCACCAAGGCGCGUUUGCUGUUGCGUGAGCUCUCCAUUGAGCUGAUGCUUCCGGGGCUGCUGCGUUGGCUUCGGAAGAUCCGCGCGGAGGCCGUGCUCUUCUGCCCCCUCAUCAACGCGGAAGCGCCACUGGCGGCCCAAAUCCUGGGAAUCCCAUCGGCAGGGCUGCUGACCACCGCGGGGCCUGGAAGUGUGAAGCUCAUUUGGAGCAACGUGUUGAAGUCUGUGAGCUCCACCGCGGAAGAGAUCUUGCAGGAACGCCGGAGCUUUCCCGCACUGCUGGAGUGCUUGGACCGACUGCGAGGAUAUGGGCUGCGGAUGCCCCUGGAGGAUACCUUGAAUCCAGUGGGCCUCAUGCCCAGUGCUUUGGCUUCGAAUCUGACCUUGGUGACCACUGCGGAGUGUCUGGCGGAUCCCGUGCCCCCUGACUUGGCGAAGGCCUACGAAGGCCACGAAGUCCUCUUCUUGGGCCCUUUGUUGGACAAGCCAGGGGCCAAACGUGCAGCUGGUCACAAGUUCGACCACAAGGGUGACGAAAGCAACGAGGAAGAAGUCUUGCGUUUGGCGCGCUCAGCGAAGGCAGAAGGCCGACAAGUGAUUUUGGUGAGUCUUGGUACUGUCAUCACAGGAGAUCAUGCUGAUUACGGCUGGAAAGCUCAUGCCACCAUCGACGGAGAGAAGAGAGGCCUAUGUGGCAAGGAGCUUUGUCAGUCUGCCUGGCAAGCAGCCUUCGAUGUCUUUUCGGAUGCGCUGAUCCUGUUGGCCUUGGGGCCUCAAUCGGAUGCCCUCGAGAACCUCGAGGUGCCAAACAAUGUCUGCUGCUUUCCGACGCUGCCGCAGGUGGAUUUGCUUCGACUUGGAGUGGAUGUCUUCCUCACGCAUGGUGGACAGAACAGCUUCAUGGAAGCCUUGUCCACUGGGGUCCCGAUGGUCGUGUGUCCUGGCUUCGGGGAUCAGCCGGUGAACGCGGCCAAGGCGGAGCGUUUGCAGAUCGGCAGAAAGGUGAACCGGCCCAUGGGACGAUUGGAAGAUGUCGAGGCGGAGAAGUCGGCAUAUCGUAGAGCAACUGCAGCUGCUUUGAGGGAGGUGACCCGCCAUGGCUCCUUCAAAGAGAAUGCCAUGAAGUAUGCUGCAGCUUUGGAGGCAUGCGGAGGAGUCGGUCGAGCGACAAAAGUUCUGCUCAGCCUGGCAACUUUGGUGCAAGUCAAAAUGCGAAGCCCCGCGCAGCAAACCUUUCGCUGCUUGGGAUGGCAGGCGCAUGAAGGGCGCUGAGUCAGGAGCCUGCGUUUUUUCUUUCCGUUUCUCCAUUUUGGGCGGAAUAGCUCUGACUGAUGUCAACUUGCGCAACUUGAGCAUGGAGGAUUUGGAUCUGGAUUUUGGUUUGUACAGGCCGUGCUUACCUGUGCUGCGCAAUGUAGAGACUGCGCAGGGCACAGGUUCAGGACCUCUUUCACGCAUGGGAUGAAUAGAGGAAGGCAAGCGUCCGUAG